AUGGAUGACCUGUUUGCAAUGCAGGCCUGCAACCUCUUCUGUCUCCCUGAGAACUACCAAAUGAAAUACUACUUCUAUCACAUCCUCUCUUGGCCCCAGCUCCUCCACGUCGCCGAGGAUUACGGCGGAAAGAUCGUUGGAUACGUGCUUGCCAAGAUGGAAGAAGAGACGACGGAGUGUCACGGCCACAUCACUUCUCUCGCCGUUCUCCGUACGCACCGUAAGUUAGGGCUUGCGACAAAGCUCAUGACCGCUUCACAGAACGCCAUGGAACAGGUGUUUGGUGCGGAGUAUGUGUCACUGCACGUGAGGAAGAGUAACCGUGCAGCGUUCCAUUUGUACACAGAGACACUUGGAUACCAGAUCCAUGACAUAGAGGCAAAGUAUUAUGCAGAUGGAGAGGAUGCAUAUGAUAUGAGGAAGCAGUUGAAGGGGAAGAAUCAACAUCAACAUCAACAUCAGCAUCAGCACCAUCAUCACCACCAUCAUGCUGGUGGUUGUUGCUCUGGAGAUGCAAAAGCUGAAUGA